AUGACUAGCCUGCUCAGUGCGCGGCUCUUCGCCCGCCAAUCUCUGCUAUGCAGGCGGUACAUUCACCGUUCACCCUCAGCGCUGGCCAAGGCCAAGGCAGCACCAACCGACGAACCCUUUGGCGAGAGCACCGAUGACGGUGACUUGUUUGGUGACGCGACAUCGUCAGUGCAAGAAACCAAAACCCAAAGCGCUGCCCCGCAAAAACCGAAAAAGGCUGCCCCUACGCCACGGAAAGGGAUGGAUGCUUCCCGCCGCGCGGCGGAGUAUACCAGCCUGUACGAAUUUGUCUCACCGAGGUUGCAAGAAAAGAAUCGUCCAGAUUUCACGCAUCCUCCAUAUGUGAAAGUCGCGAGCUUCAACCGUCUCAUGGAUCUGGCCACUACAGCGGAGCAACUUUCGAGUAUUGUUGAUCUCAUCCCGGCUUGGGCGAGAUAUAAUGGGAGAGGGAUGAAGAAUUCGACGGCGGACGUGUUCGUUCGCCGAUGCGACGACUUCAAGUGUCCCCAGCUCGCUCUCAAGGUCUUCGGAAACUUCCCACUGUACCAAGCAAAGCUCACUCGCCCCGCUGCGCAGCAGCUCCUGUACACUCUCCAUCGCACCUCCGCCCCACUAGAGGACCUCAUGCUCACCGCGGCGUUCUUCCCGAUCUAUCAACUCGGCCCGCUCGAGAACGAUAUCGUCUCGCUGUCCAUUCUCGCGGCGGCGUCGGUGAAAGCCGGGAAACGCGAUCUGGAGACGGCGUUGUUGACGAGGAUCCACAAGUCGUUGGGUAUCAAGGAGGGUUCGAGGGGGGUGCGUGUUGAGGGGACGGAUUUGAGGGACAAGUGGGUGAUGUGGCAUUUGAGGGAGAUUGAUUUGGCGUUGGAGAAGAGGGAUGGGCGGCCGCUGAAGUGGUUGAGGGAUUGGAGGCACCGGUCGCAGCUCCGUUCGAAAGCGGAACCCAAGGCUGCUUAA